CGCUGAUCAGCUGGACAGGAAACCAAACAAGGAAUUCGGAUUUAAACAGUCUUACGUGUCAUUCCCAGAGUUUCAGUGAUUCAGAAAUCUCCAGGAGACUUUACGUGAACGGAUCCCUGCUGUUUGCUGUCUCUUCAUUGAUGAGCUUUGGUCACCCUGGUAAGGUUUGUUAACGGCAGAAGAAUGAAGGCUUUGAUCCUGGUUGGGGGGUACGGGACCCGGCUGCGACCGCUCACCCUGAGCGUCCCCAAACCACUCGUGGACUUCUGCAACAAACCCAUCCUGCUGCACCAGGUGGAGGCACUGGUCAAGGCCGGGGUGGACCAUGUGGUUCUGGCGGUGAGCUACAUGUCGGAUCUGCUGGAGAGAGAGAUGAGAGUCCAGGAGAAGAGACUUGGGAUUCAUAUCUCUCUGUCUCAUGAGAAGGAGCCUCUGGGAACAGCGGGUCCCUUGGCGUUGGCUCGAGAGCUGCUGAACAUCGACAACGAACCGUUCUUUGUCCUCAACUCAGACGUCAUCUGUGAUUUUCCCUUCAAAGACCUGCUGCAGUUUCACCGCAACCACGGCAAGGAGGGAACCAUCGUGGUAACGCGGGUGGAGGAGCCCUCUAAGUACGGCGUGGUGGUGUUUGAGCCGGAAACUGGCAGGAUACAUCGCUUUGUUGAGAAACCGCAGGUCUUUGUGUCCAACAAGAUCAACGCCGGCAUUUACAUCUUCAAUCCCAGCAUGCUCCGCAGGAUCCAGCUGAGACCAACAUCUAUAGAGAAAGAGAUAUUUCCUGUCAUGGCAGAGGAGGGACAGCUGUACACCAUGGAGCUACAGGGUUUCUGGAUGGACAUCGGCCAGCCGAAAGACUUCCUGACAGGGAUGUGUAUGUACCUUCAGUCGCUUCGACAGCAUACGCCUGAGAGGCUACACACGGGGCCCGGUUUUCUAGGCAAUGUUCUGGUGGAUCCAACGGCGCAGAUUGGGGAGAACUGCACCAUUGGCCCGAAUGUCACCAUCGGUGCCGGCGUGGUUGUGGAGGACGGGGUGAGGAUAAAACGGUGCACGGUGAUGAAAGGAGCGCGGGUUCGAUCGCACUCCUGGCUGGAAAGCUGCAUUGUUGGAUGGAGCUCCUCUGUUGGUCAGUGGGUUCGUAUGGAGAAUGUGACGGUGUUGGGGGAGGAUGUGAUCGUGAAUGACGAGCUUUACCUGAACGGUGCCAACGUCCUGCCUCACAAGUCCAUCAUCGAGUCUGUCCCAGAGCCACGAAUCAUCAUGUAGCAUCGGGUAGAGGAGAAAAGCCUGGCGCCUUUUUUUUAUUUUAUUAUAUGAACUCGGCUGAACACCCAAACUGUGCCAGAUGGAAAGGGAUAAACAGACGGGUCGGAGAAAGGAAGGAGAGAAAAAGGAACAAGAAGGGUUUCUUUUCUAUUUCUAAUUAAUUUGGACUUGUUUUUAGCCCUGCUUGGCUGCACUGUCCAUCAGUCAGAAAUGAUGGCAAUAUGAUCUGUCACAAAGGUGUCUGGCUCAUCAGAAAGGUUUAUACUUGUUACACUUUGUCAGCACUGCAGGUAAAUAAUCAAACGCUAAUGUACUGAAUGUGAUGGAUGGUACAUGUCUCAUAUGAAACACUGCUUUUAAAGGCGAGGGAGGGGGUUGAUACCCAGGCAGAUUGUCUUAUCUAAUGUGAAGUGUAUUUGGUGGGUGGGGUUGGAGAGCGAUAUGAACACUGCUGUUUAGGUUUACUAUGCAUUUACAUUUCCUGGACAGCUAAAGUAUCGGUGAGAGGAUUAUAGUACAUCUACAUGUUUCUCUGCUGUAACGGAGACUGGAAUUAUGACUGAUGACACUGAGAGCUAUGAUCUGUCAUAUUGAACAAAAUGCAGUAUUAGUUAUAGGUAAAGCUGCAUUAAAGAGGUCAUAUUAUGGUU